AUGGAAGGGCAGCCAAAGGUCACCCGUCCUGCCAGUGGCAUUCCGCGACUGGCUUCUCGGCUACCGUUACCCACUGCCACCGUGUCGAAAUCGAUUCGCCCUUCUCCUUCCCGGGAUCGAUUGCAGGCCGAUCCUGGUCUAGAUGAACGACGACUGAGACGGCCUUCUUACGAAUCGUUGCUCAAGAAGCCCACUACUACGCGCUAUUCACCGGCAAAACCCCGAACCGAGGCACUUCCGAGCCAGGAGGAGUUUUCGAGCGAAGAUGGAACAUACACCCCAGACGACGCGGGUUCGAUGAUGGGAGACGAGGAGAAUUUGUCUGGGGAGACACGGGGUCGUACACGCCCGUCGCUUUCAUCGCUAUCGGAACGGACGGUGGAGACUUUAGCGCAUAUUCCACCAUCGCCGGCGUCUGCGAAAAGACAGACUAGUUUCUUCAAUGGGACCAGUCCAAUCCGCUCUCCCUCCCGAACACCCUCCAAUGUCUCAGGCUAUUCGCGAUCUCCAUCACGAUUGUCAUCCAAUCAGGGCAACGGCAGCGAUUUGUUAUCUCAACCAACUUCCAAACUUCGCCCUCCGUCUCACUCUCGUAUGUCGGUGACUACAUCCACCGGGUUGCCAACCGGCAGCACCGAUAGUCUAGACAGCCCUUCGAAAUUGAAGAGACCCACCAAAAGGCAGAGUAUCCCAACGCUAAGCAGUAUCUAUGGAAGUAGCGCACCGCCGAAGAAGAACGUUGGCAUGCCGAAAUCCUCACAUGUGCGCCCUUCGCCAAGCACGUCAAAGCCUCUUCAAUCCGAUAUGGGCCCCCCCGCACGUCCGCUUCAGAUCCGAAAGACGAGAAAGCCUCAGGCAGAAUCGCCUUCCACGUUGAGAUCCCCAUCGACCGGCUCGCGUUACGUGUCCGCCGCAUCGACAUUGCAAGACGAAAUGACCCCAGAGCAGCAAGCAGCAAGCGAAUCAAGGAAAGCAUCCAAGUCCUCGAACGCUUUGCGGGAAAGCAUUGCGAAGGCCAAGGCAGCUCGGAAGGCAGCCGCAGCAACGGAGAAGAAGGAAGAGGCCCCGAAUGUCCAGCCCGCUGGCUCAUUUGGUGGUGCAGGCCUUGAAGAUCCCUUUAACCAACUGCCAAAGGGUUCAAAAAAUCUUGCCCUCCGCAAACGUGUCGAGGGUGCGCGUGCAUCAGGGACUUUAAACAUUGCGGCAAUGUCUUUGAGUGAGAUUCCUAAAGAGGUUCUCACGAUGUACGAGUUCGACCCUAACAGCACAUCCAACUGGUUCGAGAACGUAGACCUGGUCAAGUUCAUUGCUGCUGAUAAUGAGCUCACCCAAAUUCCGGAUACUGUUUUCCCAAACAUCGAUUUGAAGGACUUGGAUCCGGAUAGCGAUGAGCGUGGCCCUCAGUUUGGUGGAAUUGAAACACUAGACCUUCAUGGAAACCUGCUCCAUUCUCUUCCCAUGGGACUGAAGCGACUGCAAAAUCUUCGCGUACUGAACCUCUCGAAAAAUGCUCUGUCUAUGGAUAAUAUUGCUAUCAUCAUGGAGAUCCCCUCCCUGGCUCACCUGAAACUGGCAAAUAACAAGCUGGAAGGCUUACUGUCUUCAGCCGUGAGCAAUCUUCGGGGGCUAGAAUCGUUAGAUCUUCGCGGCAAUGCCUUAACAGAGUUGCCUGCCGAACUAGGUGAACUAACAAACCUCAAAACACUGGAUGUCGGUGAGAAUCAAUUGACAUCUCUCCCGUUCGAAGCACUCAGUAAAGUUCCAUUGAGCACGCUCAAUGCCCCCAAAAACAAAUUGAAAGGCACCCUCAUUCCGGCAUCUGUGGAUCGAAUCGAUAGAUUGGAGUCUUUGAACGUUGCAAACAACGCUAUUGAGAACUUUGCUGCCAAUGAGAAUCUUUAUCUGCCCAAUCUCCACAGCCUACUCGUCAGUGCCAAUCGCAUCAAAGGCUUGCCAUGCGUGUCCUCGUGGCAGUCACUCUUGCUUCUUUCCGCGGAUAGCAACAAAAUUACAGAGCUCCCUGCUGGAUUCACGGAACUCAAAAAUGUGAAGACUGCGGAUUUCACUGGCAACGACAUCUCCCGCCUGGAUGAUAGAAUAGGACUGAUGGAGAAGCUAUCCACUUUCGGGAUCGCUAAUAAUCCACUCCGUGAUCGUAAGUUCCUGAAUAUGGAUACAGAGGACAUUAAGCUGGUCAUGCGCAACAGAUGCGAGCCUGACCCUCAGGAUACGGAUGAUGAGGGCUCUGUAGCCACUCAGUUCACGCUUGCGCCGGAGACCCCAGAAAUAGAGAGUGGAUGGAAACUCAAGCCUCGUGGGGUUCUUGACCGAUCAUAUUCUGAAUUGAGGGAUUUGGAGACGGAAAAGUUAGAACUGAUCGAUGUGGAAGAUGUCCGUUCGCUAUAUGUGCAGCACAACGAACUGCGCUUCUUCCCUGUUCCCGCCUGUGGAAUGCUCGCACAAGGACUGAUCGAGCUUGAUCUUUCACACAACCCCCUGAACAGCUCUGAGCUCCUAUCCUCGCUACUGGAACUACCUAAACUCCAAAGCCUUAAUGUCAAUGCAACGACUUUGACCUCGCUGGACUCUCUUCUGGCCAAUCUCCGAGCCCCAUCACUCAACUUCCUUGACGCCUCCAACAAUCGGUUGACCGGUGCCCUCCCAAAUGCUCGAGAAACAUACCCAGAGCUCAAGACUUUCCUCGUAUCCGACAAUAAGAUAUCUCAAUUGGAUUUCGAGGCCGUACAGGGUCUACAAGUUCUGGAUAUCAGUAACAAUGACAUUGACCACCUACCGCCUAAGAUUGGAUUGUUAGGUGCUGAACGCUCCCCACAAAACUGGGGUACUGGGUCUGCCUUGAGGCGGCUGGAGGUUGCUGGUAAUCGCUUCCGUGUCCCGCGAUGGCAGAUUGUUGCAAAGGGGACUGAGGCUGUGCUGGACUAUCUACGCCAACGUAUUCCUGCCUGUGAUAUGCCUGAAUGGGAACAUGAGGAUGGGCCUGUCGAUGAGUAUUCAAGGAUCUAA